AAAGAUGGCAGACAUGAUGGGCUGAAAAGCAGCCGGGAAUGCGCCCAAAAACUCGCAAUAAUGACUGUAUUUAAAAGUAAAAUGUAAUGAUUUGUUGCUUCAAAUGAUCUCUAAUGAUCAGGCAAUGGCUAAAAUCGCCUGUUCGUAUUGCCAAUGCCCUGUGAAUUCCGUACGAAUCCAUUGUACGGAGUGCCCAGCCCCAGACGAAAUUGACCUUUGUUUACAGUGUUUUUGCUGUGGAGCUGAAAUUGGGGGUCACAGAAAGGAUCAUGGAUAUCAACUCCUUGACAGCCAAGACUUCCAGAUAUUUGACAGUCCCAUCCAGUGGACAGCAAAUGAAGAGUUAAUGUUACUGGACGCUGUGGAGCAGUAUGGCUUUGGCAAUUGGGGGGACAUAUCUAGUCAUGUGGAGUCGAAGACUUCAGAGGAGUGUGUCGAUCAUUACAAUAGUUUAUUUAUCCUUGGAAACAUAGGAAGAGCUACAUUCCCCGAGGAGACUAUAGACAAAGUCAAGGACCACACUAGCCAGGAUGGACCACUCUCUCCAGCACUGCCCCAAGUACAACCUGCCAUAGAGCUUUCAGUAGUCGAACAACAUGAACUUGGUUACAUGCCCCUCCGAGAUGACUUUGAACGGGAGUAUGACAACGAAGCAGAGGCUGAGAUCAGUAGUCUUGACGUCACGCACGAAGAUGACGAUCUCGACACCGUCUUCAAAUUGGCACAAGUGGAUAUCUAUCGACAAAGGAUAAAGGAACGAGUGCGACGGAAAAAGAUCAGUCGAACACAUGCUUUAAUCAUGAAUGUCUUGAAAUCGACAAAGCAAAAUUUAAAGGGCACCAAACGAAAGAUGUCGAAGGAAGAAAAAGAUCUCCAAGAAAAAAUGAGAAUCUUCGCUCAAUUCCAGACGUCUGCUGAGCGAGAACAAUAUUUUGAAACUUUACAAAAGGAGCGUCAAACAAAAUUACGAAUAAAAGAACUCAUGCGAUUCAGAAGGAAUGGUAUCACAAAAUUAGAAGAUUGCAAAGAAUUUGAAGAAGAAAAAUAUUUACGAGAAAAGAAGAAAGAAAACCGCAAGAAAAUGGGCAACUUGGCAUUAAAACGCACGUCAAUGGUUUCCAAAAAAGCAAGCGAAGAAAAACACGACACUUCUGGACGAAAAGAAAGCGACGGUCAAGACGGUGACAAGAUGGUCCUGCGAGACCCAACCACAUUGCCAUCGUAUUCACUGCUCACAGACACAGAAAGGAAGCUAUGUAACUCCAUUGGCCUGAAACCUGCUCAUUACAUCACUAUCAAGACAUGCAUUAUUAAGGACUAUCUCCAGAGACGCCAGGGUGUGCCUAUCAAGGUCCGCUAUCCUAGCGGUCUCGAUAAAAGUCACAGACAGAAAAUCAUUAACUUUUUAUCAGACAAUGGCUGGAUUGGAGUUACAUAGCAUGGUUUUCUUGUCUUGGUGUAUUUUAUUCCGGAUCUGGACCAUUUGGCUAUACAAGUCACAUUCCAGUGUGUGUUCUUUGCUGUACUUGUCUUGCUUUGUAGAUUCUUGGGUUACUUUUGUUGAGGAAGUGUUUAUGCUAAUCGGUUAGAAGGUAACAGCUGACGGACACUAUGUUGCCCAUCGAUAUGAUCAAAAGCAGUGUUGUCUGAUGAGCUGGCGCAUGUUUAUGGAGCGACACUGCAUGGAUGAUACUCUAAACUGUUAAUCAAAACAACUCGAGUCUUUUUGACACCGCAUUGCAUCUGCUCAUCAGAUAUCCUGCAAAAUGGAUCGGUGAUGCAUCAUAUUAUUCUUAUUAUUGAUAUCCGAGGGGAAGUGAUAAGUGAAAGUGUCCUAGCAUAACAUAGUGAUGAGAUAAUGCAUCAUUUUGUUGUGUCUUAGCUUGUUUACUUUCAUGUACAAUCUUGAAUGCCAUUGGUCCACAUCCAUGCUGAAUAAACUGUGGACACAACUCCUGGCAUAUUUCAGUCAACUGCACAUCUUGCGGUAAUCUGUUCAUUUGUACAGUCACAUAUCUACUCCUCAUAUCGCCUACAUGUAUGUAGUCAGCACUUUAUUAGCGACGGUAUAGUAUUCAACUGGUCUAUCACCCCGUACAUUCUUGAUUCUAAGAUAGUUAAAUAGAUUAAACUGGUUUUCCCCAUGUUCCGUAUAAAAUGGACACUGCUUUAUAAUGUAAGCGCAAGGGUUUAUCAAUAGAAGGUCUGAUCAGGUAGAAUGCACUGUCAAAGCAAAUCUGUAGUUAUAAGGAUAUGAAUACUGUCGCUAGUAAACUACUGAUACUCCUGUUCAUCAGCAGUUCUGUACUGCUCCUUCUGGUGCAAGGGUUAAAGUUUUGCUGGGAGGUGUGCUAUUAUAUAUGUUCAGUUGUGAUUGAACAAGAACAGAGGUGGGGAAUGUGUGGGGAUGCAAAUGAAUUAUAUGAAUCGUCUGUAAUUUGCUUAUUAUGGUAAAGGAAAGUGUCUCUUUACAACUCUUUCGUUAUUUUAUAUUUCAGUCUUGUCAUCUUUUUUUUGCUUUAUCAGAUUCUUUGUUCUUGUUUUCUGGUUAUGAAAACGAUUUUUUCCCCCUAUCGCUAGAAUCCUGAGCUUCAAGGCAAUUUGCUCUGCAAUUACCAUGCUCAGAGAUGUGCGCAAGGGGAGGAGCAUGCAACUGUCCCUGGUGUUUGAGCAUGACAGCUUGGCCUGAACUGGACUUCUUUCACCUCACCUGCACUAGGUUGUACUUGCUAUAUCCCCACAAAAAUCUUUCAGUCUCUUUUUAACCUCACCAAUUCCAUAACUGGCAGUCAGUUGAGAGGUAUCUUGACCCACGUGUACUUAUUUUCUAUUUAACCAGAUAAGAUGUUCAUACCAGGUCUAUCACCGAUAGAUAGUUCUUGUAAAGUAUGGUGCUGACAAUGAUGAGAAUAACCACCAUGUUCACUAAUGUUAACAAUUUUCACAAUCACCAGUUUCAAAAAAGCUUUCGUUUCUUCUCAGUUUCAUGAAGUUGAUUGGUUUAUGAUGAAGCCUUGGAAACCUUCCGUGUUACACCUAGUUGUACCUGUUAUUGUUAUAAGGAUAUUUCUUCAAAGACAUAAUUCAAGUUGACAAAUUCAGUCCCGAUAUGCAGAAAUAUGGGUGUUCCCCUCACUUGCUCCAGAAUCAAUGUCACUUUGAAGGUUGUCUCUGACGGUUUGAGCAAAGCCUCUUAAGAAGAGGUUAUACGUGAGGAAAUCCGUGAAGCGCACAAACUUCUACAACUUAUAAUAUUGUCUGCAGGUCAGCGCUGAAGCAUCUCUGUCCAUGACCAAUGCUUCGUCAUGAACCCUCUGUUGAUGAUUUUGUUCUAAAACUGGGGAAGUUAAUUUAUGAAAAGUCUAAUAUAUGAUGUUUGUACAUGUAAUUUGUAGUAAUUCUUUUAUUUGCAUAAUCUAAAUUGUGUAGAUCAAAACUAACUGAAGUGCAUUUUACAAAAUUGGCUGUUAGAUAGAAAAUUUGGUAUGAAUAUGAGUAUGAUAUUUUGUGUAGUACUGGUAUUGUUGAAGUGUUCUGGGUAAAGAACAUCCUUUUUCAUGUAAAUAGCUCAUUGCAUUUCUGCAAACAAGAUUUGGUCCUAUGUUGAGUUUUGUUACGUCCUCAGUCUUUGUGAGAUUGCGAUCUGAUUAAAGUAGUAGGUUAGUGCUUGUUGUUUUAGAAGGAAGAAACCUAGGAAGGCGGCAUCACAGUGUUUCUGUCAGUACCUAGAGAACUAAGGUCUACUAAAAAGUCCUUUUAUUUGAGAUUAGCAGGGUUUGAACAAUUUAAAGAGAGACUUUGAGCAUGAGCUAGUGACCUUUAUGCACAAUUUGGGCACUAGGUCUGACUUGACUUUGUGAUACAAAUGUUUAUCAUCCAAGCCAGUGUACUGUGAGAUGAGGAGAAUAUUGGCAGGAGCCAGGUCGGCCAGAUUCAGUUAAACAAAGUUGCCGAUAGUGGCCUCUCCUGUCUCAAAGUAUGUCAAAACUUGAAUGAGAAACGUAAUGAUUGCUGAAUCGAACACGCCACAGGCCCCUAAUUGUGCAUAGUCACCUUAAGACUACCAGUUAAACUUCCUAAAAGUAGCUCCACCCUGUUGUCCCAUUUUACAAAAUCCAAUAAACAAGGUCGCGUUGCUGGGUUAUGCACUCUGGACGCAGUGAACCGGCCUUGUCCUGCCGCCCGUAAGGAAAAACAAACAGGAGGACGAAAUGGACUGCAUAGGAGUCUACUGGGUUCUGGAGGGUUGGAGAUCAUUCUGUGGCAAAGGCCCUGUCCUCGGCCUCAAAACCAUGAUGAUAAUGAUGAUGAUAAUGAUGAUGAUAUCUCUGUGUUGAAUAAUGGGACAUUUUGCUGAUGUUACCACAUUGUCGAUUUUGUAUUAUAGCUUUUUUGGAGAUGGUCAGCAUCAGAAGAAUGCCUUUGUAUCGGUUCAUGUUUUCUAGAAAAGAUAGCCAAACACAUUUAUAAAGGAAAGUAAUUAAUAAAUUGAUGACAAGAUA